AUGUCUAAUUCUGAGCGUUAUCUAUCUAUGUCUAAUUCUGAGCGUUAUCUAUCUAUGUCUAAUUCUGUCCGUUAUCUAUCUAUGUCUAAUGAGCGUUAUCUAUCUAUGUCUAAUUCUGUCCCUUAUCUAUCUAUGUCUAAUUCUGAGCGUUAUCUAUCUAUGUCUAAUUCUGAGCGUUAUCUAUCUAUGUCUAAUUCUGUCCCUUAUCUAUCUAUGUCUAAUUCUGAGCGUUAUCUAUCUAUCGUUAUCUAUCUAUGUCUAAUUCUGAGCGUUAUCUAUCUAUGUCUAAUUCUGUCCCUUAUCUAUCUAUGUCUAAUUCUGAGCGUUAUCUAUCUAUGUCUAAUUCUGAGCCUUUAUCUAUCUAUGUCUAAUUUGAGCGUUAUCUAUCUAUGUCUAAUUCUGUCCGUUAUCUAUCUAUGUCUAAUUCUGUCCGUUAUCUAUCUAUGUCUAAUUCUGAGCGUUAUCUAUCUAUGUCUAAUUCUGAGCGUUAUCUAUCUAUGUCUAAUUCUGUCCGUUAUCUAUCUAUGUCUAAUUCUGAGCGUUAUCUAUCUAUGUCUAAUUCUGAGCUUUAUCUAUCUAUCUAAUUCUGAGCGUUGUCUAUGUCUAAUUCUGAGCGUUAUCUAUCUAUGUCUAAUUCUGUCCGUUAUCUAUCUAUGUCUAAUUUGA